AUGGAUGUUGAUUCAGACGUUAAUGUCUCCGGGUUAAGAGAUGAACUGCAUAAGGUGGCAAACGAAGAAACAGACACCGCCUCCUUCAACGAUGAUGCCCCAUCUGGUGCCACCUGUCGUAUUUGUCGUGGAGAAGCUACUGAGGACAAUCCUCUCUUCCAUCCUUGUAAAUGCAGAGGCUCAAUUAAAUACAUGCAUGAAUCCUGUUUACUGGAAUGGGUAGCUUCGAAAAAUAUAGACAUUUCAAAACCUGGCGCGGAUGUUAAAUGUGACAUCUGUCACUAUCCCAUUCAAUUCAAAACGAUAUACGCGGAAAAUAUGCCGGAAAAGAUACCCUUUUCCCUAUUAAUUUCUAAGAGUAUCCUAGCAUUUUUCGAGAAAACUCGUUUAGCUUUAACGAUUGGUUUGGCUGCUGUACUAUAUAUUAUCGGUGUUCCUUUGGUAUGGAACAUGUUUGGAAAACUAUACACGAUGAUGCUGGAUGGAUCAUAUCCUUAUCCUGGUGAUUUCGUGAAAAGUUUAAUUUAUGGGUAUGAUCGGUCAGCGACUCCAGAAUUGACGAGUAGAGCAAUAUUUUACCAACUUUUACAAAACCAUUCAUUCACAUCUUUACAGUUUAUUAUGAUAGUGAUACUACAUAUAGCAUUGUACUUUCAAUACGAUAUGAUAGUAAGAGAGGAUGUUUUCAGCAAGAUGGUUUUCCAUAAGAUAGGUCCAAGAUUUUCUCCAAAAGACUUGAAAUCACGUUUAAAAGAGAGGUUCCCUAUGAUGGAUGAUAGAAUGGUUGAAUACUUGGCGAGAGAAAUGAGAGCUCAUGAUCAAAAUCGUCAAGAACAAGGCCAUGAUAGACUGGAUGUGCCAGAUGUAGCUGCCGAUAACAAUAACAAUGCCAAUGUUCCUGAAAAUGAUAAUGCUCCCCUUCAAGAUCCUCGCGAACAUCGGAAUUUUGUCAAUCUACGUCAUGUUGAUGAACUGGAUCAUGGUGAGGUUCCAGAAGGGCCCGACAAUAAUGACUCUGACGAUGGUUUACCAUCAGGAGAUGAUUCAUCGCAAACUACCCAAGAAUCUUUAAAUGUUCACGAAGGAGAAGAAGAAGAAGGAGAAGAAGAACAACAACAACCAGAAGAGGAAGCCGAUUACCGUGAUCAUCUGGAUCCCAAUCCAAUGGAAAUGUGGGCUAAUCGUCGUGCUCAGAAUGAAUUUGAUGACUUAAUUGCUGCUCAACAGAAUGCUAUAAAUAGACCAAACGCUCCCGUUUUCGUUCCACCACCUGUCCAAAAUAGGGCUGGAAAUGUCGAUCAAGAUGAACAAGAUUUCGGUGCAGCCGUAGGCGUCCCACCGGCACAAGCUAAUGCGGAUGACCAAGGUCAAGGCCCCCUGGUGAUAAACCUCAAAUUAAAAUUGUUAAAUGUCAUUGCCUAUUUUAUAAUUGCUGUCGUUUUCACAGCAUUAUACCUGGCAAUUUCUUACUUGCUUCCAACUUUCAUUGGAUUUGGUUUACUAAGAAUUUAUUUCGGUGUAUUCAAGGUUACUUUGCGUGGUUUAUCUAAUCUUUACUACCUAUCGGGAGCCCAUAUAGCUUACAAUGGUUUGACGAAGCUAGUUCCUAAAGUAGAAAUUGCAAUGAAUUGGAUUUCAAACCACUUGAUCCGUGAUAUAGCUUAUCUUUACAAUAGCUACACCCAAAAUACCAUGAAGCACUCAAUUUUCAUUCGUGCGUUACCUGCCCUCACGACUUAUUUAACUUCAGUGAGUAUUGUUUGUGCUUCGUCCAAUCUGGUCUCAAGAGGUUACGGCCGUGAGAAUGGAAUGAGUAACCCAACCAGAAGAUUGAUUUUUCAGAUUCUAUUUGCACUCAAAUGCACUUUUAAAGUGUUCACAUUAUUUUUCAUUGAACUAGCUGGAUUUCCUAUCUUAGCAGGUGUGAUGUUAGAUUUCUCAUUAUUUUGUCCUAUCUUAGCAUCAAAUACUCAAAUUCUUUGGGUUCCUUCAAUAUGUGAAAUAUGGCCUCCAUUCUCCCUUUUCGUAUACUGGACAAUUGGUACCCUGUAUAUGUAUUGGUUUGCCAAAUACAUUGGAAUGAUAAGGAAAAACAUUAUUAGGCCAGGUGUUUUAUUCUUUAUUAGAUCCCCAGAGGAUCCUAAUAUUAAGAUUUUACACGAUAGUUUAAUCCAUCCAAUGGGUAUUCAACUAUCAAGAUUAUGCCUAUCCAUGUUUAUUUACGCCAUCUUCAUUGUAUUGGGAUUUGGGUUUCAUACCAGAUUUUUUUUCCCAAUCAUGCUCAAAUCCAACUUAUUAUCCGUCCCUGAAGCUUAUAAACCAACAUCGAUUAUUUCAUGGAAGUUCAAUGCAAUUUUACUAACAUUGUAUUUUACAAAGAGAAUUUUAGAAUCUAGCUCUUAUGUCAAGCCCUUGUUGGAAAGGUAUUGGAAAACCAUUUUUAAACUGUGCUCAAGAAAAUUACGUUUAUCAUCCUUCAUCUUAGGUAAAGACACCCCAACUGAAAGGGGUCAUAUUGUUUACCGAAAUUCGUUCUACAAAUACAUUGCUUCAAAAAAUGCGGAAUGGUCAAACCAAGAACUUUACACUAAGCCAAAAACGUUGAAGCAAGCAGAGGAAUUGUUUGGAGAAAUUCGUCAAGUUCAUGCGUAUUUUGUUCCAGACGGUGUUUUAAUGCGUGUUCCUUCUUCUGAUAUAGUGUCCAGAAACUAUGUGCAAACAAUGUUUGUCCCCGUUACAAAGAAUGAUAAAUUGUUGAAGCCAUUAGAUUUGGAGAGAAUUAAAGAGAGAAACAAACGUGCUGCAGGCGAAUUUGGUUACCUAGAUGAACAAAAUACAGAAUAUGAUCAAUAUUAUAUCGUUUACGUUCCCCCUGAUUUUCGUUUAAGGUAUACCACUUUACUUGCUCUGGUUUGGUUAUUUGCUUCCAUUUUAAUGCUUGGUGUUACAUUUGCUAGUCAAGCAUUAAUGAACUUUGUCUGUGACUUCGGUUUUCUUCCAGUUAUAAAGCUUCUAUUAAAUGACGGAAAUAAGAUUUACGUUGCAUGGAAGGAACUUUCUGACAUCACUUACUCUUAUUUGAACAUUUAUUACGUUUGUAUUGGGUCCGUAUGCUUAUCCAAGAUUGCGAAGGAUAUUCUUCACUUCACAGAAGGCCAAAACACUCUUGACGAACAUGCUGUUGAUGAAAACGAACUAGAAGAAGUAGAACAUGUUAUACCAGAAAGAGACAUCAACAAUGCUCCAGUUAAUAAUAUCAACAAUCUAGAAGAGGGACAGGGUAUUUUCAUGGCCAUCUUCAACAGUAUAUUUGAUAGUAUGUUGGUGAAGUAUAACCUGAUGGUGUUUGUAGCUAUUAUAAUUGUUGUUAUUAGAACUAUGGUUUCAUGGGUUGUUUUAACCGAUGGAAUACUGGCCUGUUACAAUUAUGUUACUAUCAGAAUGAUUGGAAAUUCUUCUUACAGCAUUGGUAAUUCCAAGUGGUUCAAAUCUGACGAAAAUUUGUUACUUGCCGUUUGGGUCAUUUCAUCGAUGGUAAAUUCUGGAACCGGAUUUAAAUCAUUGAAAGUAUUUUUCAGAAAUAGAAACACCAGUAAGUUAAAUUUCUUGAAAACCAUGGCUUUAGAACUGUUCAAACAAGGUUUCUUACACAUGGCGAUUUACCUGUUGCCGAUUAUUACAUUAUCUUUGCUAUUUUUGCGUGAUGUUCCUUCAAAGCAAAUUAUCGAUAUUAGACAUGGAUCCAGAAGUUUCGCUUUAUCGCUCAAUGAAUCAUUCCCAAAAUGGACCAAGACGCAACACGUUUACUUUGGACUACUGAUAGCAUUAGAAUCCUUUACGUUCUUUUUCCAGGCAACUGCUCUCUUUAUCAAGUGGUUUAAAAGUACUGUGCAAAAUGUAAAGGAUGAAGUUUACACCAAGGGUAGAGCUUUAGAGAAUUUGCCUGAUGAAGGUUAA